AUGGCUCUUCAUUCAGCAGAUACCUCGAAGCUCAUAUUUGCCCCUGCGGGUCAUCAAGCUACAGGCCAGGCAGAGCAGUUCACAAAGGGCACUCUUGUACGCUCUCAGCUUAACUCAGAAUCUCCCAUUCCUCAAUUCCAUUCUUGGUUCUCGCGUGCCCAGGAAAACGAUUCUGGUGUCGAACACCCAGAAACAUGCACCCUAUCCACUGCCUCGCUUCCUUCGGGUCGCAUCUCAUCUCGCACUGUCUAUCUCAAGGAGCUCGAUAACCGAGGAUUCGUCAUCUACACCAACCUCGGCACCUCACGCAAGUCAGCAGACAUAGCGUCCAACCCACGCGCAGCAAUGCUCUUCUUCUGGGAAGCUCUGCAGCGCCAGGUUCACGUUGAGGGACGUGUGGAGAGAAUCUCAAAGGAGGAGAGCCAGAAGUACUACGACACGCGCGCGAGAGGGAGCAGGAUCGGUGCGUGGGCCAGCAAACAGAGUCAAGUACUCGAGCCACAGGGUGAAGAUGAUGAUGGACGCAAGCAGCUGGAGGGGUGGGUGAAGGACGUUGAGCAGCGAUUUGAAGGGCAGGAGAAGAUUCCCGUACCUGACUUCUGGGGCGGUUUGAGGGUUAUUCCCGACAGAAUUGAGUUUUGGCAGGGGAGGGAGAGCAGACUUCACGAUCGGUUUGUGUAUGAGAAGGAGGAGGGAGCCGAGUCGGAAGAAUGGAAGUUGAAAAGGUUGAGUCCUUGA